AGCGACCUGCGCGACUGCUCCUCCGUGCUGCCCCUCUACUCCAAACGCUACCUCCUCUUCGUCAUCACCAUCUUCACCCUCAUCCUCGCCGCCAUCGCCGGCCUCUACGGCCGCAUCUACUGCGUGGCGCGUUCCAGCCACGCCGACAUCGCCGCCGCGCAGACCUUGGCCCUGCUCAAGACCGUCACCAUCGUCUUGGGCGCCUUCGUCGUCUGCUGGCUCCCGGCCUUCGUCAUCCUCUUGGUGGACGCCGCCUGCGCGGCGCAGCGUUGCCGCGUGCUCUACAAAGCCCAUUACUUCUUCGCCUUCGCCACGCUCAACUCCGCCGCCAACCCCGUCAUCUACACGCUGCGCAGCAAGGACAUGCGCCGCGAGCUCCUGCGCCUGCUGUGCUGCGGCGAUCGGCGACGACGACGACGCUGCGCCCGCUCCUCCGCAUCCCUGGACCGCUGCAGCCCCGACCACCCCUGCCCCACGGCGCCCAUCACCCGUGACUGCACCACCUCGGUCUAA